AUGUCACAAUCAUCCGCCAAGACUGCCAUUUUCCCUGCUUCUGGAGGACUUGGGGGAAGCACUUCAAGGCACUUGCUUGACAAUCUGCCAGCAACAGAAAUCGUUCUCAUCGCUCGUAAUCCUCAGAAGAUCUCCAAGGCCUGGACCGAUGCUGGUGUCGAGACCCGCUACGCAGACUACGACAAAGAGGAGACACUUAAAGAUGUCUUUGUCGGAAUCAAACAUCUAAAUCUUAUCUCGUAUGCGAGCAUUGAGCACGAGCAUAGAUUCAAGGUCCACAAACUUGCCAUUGACGAAGCUAUCCGCAACGGCGUUAGCCAUAUCACCUACAGUUCUCUCGCGUUUGGUGGCGACGGUAACCCAACCUCACUGGCAUAUGUCAUGCAGGCUCACCUCGACACUGAGAAAUACCUUGCGAGUAUUGCCAAGGAACAUUCGGCCUUUACCUACACCAUAGUUCGACAGGGACUCUACUCCGAAAGCUUCCCUCUGUACACCGCAUUUUUCGACCUCAAGAACCCGACCAAGGAGAUUUGUAUUCCUCAUGAUGGUAAAGGUGCUGGUAUUGCUUGGGCCAAACAGGAUGAGCUUGGUGAAGCUACGGCGAAGAUUAUUGCUCAGCAUGUUCACAGCGAGGCUGGAUUUCCCUACGUCAAUCGUACGCUGCUGCUGUCCGGUCCCGAAGAUUGGUCGCUUGAAGAGUCUGUCGCUGUUCUCGGUGAAGCUGCUAAGGUUGAGGUCAAGACAAAGUGUGUUACAAAGGAGGAAUACGCUUCGCAGCCGUCCAUCAAUGGCGCUUCUGGUUAUGGGUCUGGCGAAGCUGGUAUCAAGUGGGCGACUGCAUUUGAUGCCAUUAGGGAAGGAGAGGCAUGUGUCACGCGUACCCUUCUCGGAGACCUACUAGGCCGGGAGCCGGAGUCUUUUGAUCGUACCAUCUUUGAGAUGGGGAAGGUGUCUUCUUGA